AUGACGGCGCUGCCCCGACGCCUGUUGCUUGUGCGGCACGGCGAGACGAACGAGAAUGUGCAGGGUAUAAUCCAAGGACAGCUGGACACGGCGCUGAACGAGCUCGGCCUGCGCCAGGCGGAGCUGACCGGCGCCGCGCUCAAAGACGAGCCGAUUGCGCGGAUCGUGAGCAGCCCUCUGCAGCGCGCGUACAACACCGCCGCGGCGAUUGCCAAGCACCACCCCGCGCUGCGUAUUGAAAACGACCCCCGGAUCAUGGAGCGCCAGUUUGGCGUGCUCCAAGGCAAGGUCUACCACGGCCCGCGGGAGAAGCCGGCCGACACGGAAGGCAUGGAGAGCACGAAAGACUUAAUGGCGCGCCUAAGCGCCUUCUUCCGCGACCUCAAGACGUCCGUCGCGAGCACGCCCGGCACGACGGUGCUCGUGAGCCACGGCGGUGCGCUGAGCUCGCUCGUGAACCUUGUGAUGCUUGCCGAGGGCCACGUCGUGUGUGCGCCGUCGAUUGAGCCGUCGCGUUUCUGGAACUGCAGCAUCUCCGAGAUCCUCUUUGAGCGCGACCCGCCGACGAUCGUGCGAUGGGCGGACAUUGCGCACCUCGACGCGUCGCGCAAGCUGGCCAACGUAGACGAAGCGAUCUAA